CCCUUCCUGCUUUGGGUGGAAGAGGAAGGAAGGCUGGCAGGCAGGAAGGGAGGAGGGCGCGUUUGGCUGCCUGGCGGGCUGAGCAGGAAGAGGCUGUCCUCUCCGGCUCCCAUCAAGUGCUUCCCAAAAUGCCGGCCUAUCACUCUACUCUGAUGGAUUCAGACACCAAACUGAUUGGAAAUAUGGCUUUGCUUCCAAUUAAGAGUCAGUUUAAAGGGCCAGCGCCCAGAGAAACAAAGGAUAUGGACAUCAUUGACGAAGCCAUCUGUUACUUCAAAGCCAACGUCUUCUUUAAAAAUUAUGAAAUCAAGAAUGAAGCUGACCGAACAUUGAUCUAUGUCACACUCUACAUUUCAGAGUGCUUGAAAAAACUACAAAAGUGCAAUGCCAAGGGCCAAGGAGAGAAAGAAAUGUAUACAUUAGGAAUCACCAACUUCCCAAUCCCUGGAGAGCCAGGCUUCCCACUGAACGCUCUCUAUGCCAGGCCCAUAAACAAGCAAGAGGAAGAAAUCAUGAGAGCCUACUUACAGCAGCUGAGGCAAGAAACAGGCCUGAGGCUUUGUGAAAAGGUCUUCGAUCCCCAGAGUGACAAACCUAGCAAGUGGUGGACCUGUUUUGUGAAGAGGCAGUUCAUGAACAAGAGCCUGUCGGGUCCAGGGCAGUGAGGACGGAACCUGCGACUUGAGAAAUCAACGUGCUUCACUUCUGGAUGUAUAAAUUUUGCCUUUCUUUUACAAUGUUUUCUACCACACGCAAUUACGUGCUUCCAUGAAUAGGAAAAAAAAGUCACCUUGGAAAGAAAAAAAAGGGAGCAAUAAUCAUGGGCGUGUCUUGUUGAACUGAAGGGGUUGAUCAAUGACAAUAAAAAGAAGUGGGUUCUCA